AUGUUCUGCCAGGCACAGCCGGAAGGCGACGAUGGAAAGCCAUUGCCCUUGGAUCAAGAGGCCAACGCCUUGUACCUUCGAAAGAUGGUGGCGCAACUGCGACCAUUGCAUCAGCAGAUCAUCGAAGGUCGCAGCUUCACGGUGACCACCAAAGCCGACGAGGCAGACAUGUUUUACAUCCCCGCCUUUUUCUCAGUCCUCUUCUGGAUCGGCGAUCUGGAGGCGUUGCGCUGUGCUGCCAUGACCGUCCAACAGUUGGCCACGUCGCCGUUCUUCGCCAAGCGCCAGGGCUACGACCAUCUGUUGCUCUAUGGCGUGGAGUUUCAGCACUAUCGCGAUCAGCCUGGCUUCGCCUUGACGGAUUACCAUCCCCUGGCAGCCAAUUGGAUCGUGCUCACGGUGGCUUGCCCGUGGCCUUGCGGCAGCACCAAAGAUUCCCAUGGUCUACGCAGCCGCUUCGUGCUGCUGCCACAUGCUUCACGCCUGCGGUGUCACCGCGGCGUGGCGCCUCGUCUCACCCAUCCCCGACGCUUUCGAAUCGGCUACGUCGGUGCCAUAGGCCCCAAGUUCGAUGAACGGCAGGCAUUUUUCAACGUCACCUGUGACAGCCAACGUUGGUUGCGGACAGAGGAUGGGUGGCAUGAAUCUGCUCCCUGGACUGCCAAGCAUUGGGCCUUGGAUGGCAACAGCACCAUCCUGGAUGCCUUUCUUCUUUCGCGGCGAGGAUAUGAGACCUGCCAGGCAUCAUCUGAGGGAGACAAACCUUGGAACUUCUGGUGGGUUGAAGAAGUCUGGCGCUGGCGCCUCGUACCGGAGGCCGAAGCCCCAGAUUGGGGAAGCUACUUCCGCAAGGCCUUUUCCAUACCUUUCUAUGGCUUCUCUGAUGGUAGCCUGGGCGAGAAACUGGAAAGGCUCUAUGGUGGUGCCCAGAACGGCUUCCAAGACAUCCCUGAAUUCCAGGCUGAACGAAGGGAGCAGCCAGUCUUCAAUUCCUUGCUGUUUGAGACCAUCUAUUCCUAUUCAGAGGUGUGUUUGGUUUUGCGAGGCGACACGGCGGAUGGCACCAAGCGCCUCUGGGACGCCAUGACGCGUGGAUGUCUUCCAGCCUUUGCUUCAACAUCAGAUUAUUGGCCAAUGUUGCCCUUCCCGGACAAGGUGCCUUGGGCUGACUUCAGUUUCUUCUUCUAUGGCGUGAACUCCACCUUGGCUGCUGCGCGUGUCCUCGGUGCCCUGCAGCAUGUGCCACAGCGCCUCUUGCGGCGCAAGCGUCAGCAUUUGCUGCAGUGGCUGCCCUCCCUGGUGACCACCGUGGACUGCACCAAUCGCAGUGGAUCCGCACGGACGGCGCUGGAACUGGCCAUGGAGGAGGCCUUUCAACGUUCGAGCGAAUACCAACUACUCAACGGCCAGAGAAAAUCCUGCACUGUGCGGCGGGAGUUGAACUGUCAAUGGGGUAAAUGGACGGGACCUUCCAGUGUUUGA